AUGGAUAACGUCCUCCAGGUAGACUCAGACCUCUUCCCAAAUAUCUCCACCAACACCUCGGAGCCCAAUCAGUUCGUGCAGCCAGCCUGGCAAAUUGUCCUUUGGGCAGCUGCCUAUACGGUCAUCGUGGUGACCUCUGUCGUGGGCAACGUGGUGGUGAUGUGGAUCAUCCUGGCCCACAAGAGAAUGAGGACAGUGACUAACUACUUCCUGGUGAACCUGGCUUUCGCAGAGGCAUCCAUGGCUGCCUUCAACACAGUGGUGAACUUCACCUACGCUGUCCACAAUGAGUGGUACUACGGCCUCUUCUACUGCAAGUUCCACAACUUCUUCCCCAUCGCCGCUGUCUUCGCCAGCAUCUACUCCAUGACGGCUGUGGCCUUUGAUAGGUACAUGGCCAUCAUCCACCCCCUCCAGCCCCGGCUGUCGGCCACGGCCACCAAGGUGGUCAUCUGUGUCAUCUGGGUCCUGGCUCUUCUACUGGCCUUCCCCCAGGGCUACUACUCAACCACAGAGACCAUGCCCAACAGAGUGGUGUGCAUGAUUGAAUGGCCAGAGCAUCCCAACAAGAUUUAUGAGAAAGUGUACCACAUCUGCGUAACUGUGCUGAUCUACUUCCUCCCCUUGCUGGUGAUUGGCUAUGCAUACACAGUAGUGGGAAUCACCCUGUGGGCCAGCGAGAUCCCUGGGGACUCCUCUGACCGUUACCACGAGCAGGUUUCCGCCAAGCGCAAGGUGGUCAAGAUGAUGAUUGUCGUGGUAUGCACCUUUGCCAUCUGCUGGCUGCCCUUCCACAUCUUCUUCCUCCUGCCUUACAUCAACCCUGAUCUCUACCUGGAGAAGUUUAUUCAGCAGGUCUACCUGGCCAUCAUGUGGCUGGCCAUGAGCUCCACCAUGUACAACCCCAUCAUCUACUGCUGCCUCAACGACAGGUUCCGUCUGGGCUUCAAACAUGCCUUCCGGUGCUGCCCCUUUAUCAGCGCCGGCGACUACGAGGGGCUCGAAAUGAAAUCCACCCGGUACCUCCAAACCCAGGGCAGCGUGUAUAAAGUCAGCCGCCUGGAGACCACUGUCUCCACCGUGGUGGGGGCCCAUGAGGAGGAGCUAGAGGAUGGUCCCAAGACCACACCCUCAUCCCUGGACCUCACCUCCAACGGUUCCUCUCGCAGUGACUCCAAGACCAUGACCGAGAGCUUCAGCUUCUACUCCAACAUGCUCUCCUAG